AUGAAGCGUGCUCCCCUGUGCGCUCUCUCACAGAGCUCUCCUUCUUCCCCAUGCCCUGCUGGCCCGCCUGCCCGCCUGCCUCCUCAAUCCUCAGCUGCCCCCCACCCGACUCCCCCCCAUCCCUCCCUCUCUUCCCCCACUUUUCCCCUCCAGGCGAGCUCCCCUCUGCGCUCUCUAAGUGAGCUCUCCAUAUUUGAGGCGAGCUCCCCUCUGCGCUCUCUAAGUGAGCUCUCCGUGUUUGAGGUGCCCUCCUGGUCCGCCUGCCUGCCGCCCUCCUCCCACCCCUCCUGCACCACGGGGCAAGGACCUGAGGGGGAGAGGAGGGAGAUGGCUGAGGGAGGCAAAGGGGAAGAGGUAGAGGUUGCGUGUGGAGAGAAACGAGGCAGGGAAGGGGGGGGAGUGGCUGCGGAUGGGGGGACAGAGGGGGCGAGUGGCAAGAGGUUGCGUGGGGAAGAGAGAGGAGAGGAGGCGCAGGGAGACGAGGAGGAUGGGGUGGAGAGAGAGGAGGGGGUCGGAGGAGAGAAAAAAGUGGAAAGGAAAGGGGAGAGUGAGAAAGGGGAGAGUGAGAAAGGGGAGAAAAGGAGAGAGGGAGGGAUAAUAACGGCGACGAAAAGGGAGGAAGGGGAGGAAGAGAAGGAAGGGGAGGGAGGUAAUGGAGGGAAAGAAGGAGAGAGAGGGGUGGGAGGGGAGGAAGGGAAAGAAGCGGAGGAACGGGUGCAGAUGCUGGUGGUGCGGGCGAGAGCUCCCUCGUUCCUGUACCACCAGGUGCGGCUGCUGGUGGGGCUGCUCAAGGCUGUUGGCGCAGGGGCAGUGCAGCCCGACACAGUCAAGUCAAUCCUGGAAGCAAGGGACAUCCGGGGAGUGCCUGCCAUGGCGCCUGCCUGCGGCCUCUACCUUGCUAGUGUUGCCUACGGACACAAGAGGCCAAAGCGAGGCUCCUCACAGGAAUGA